AUGGAGACAAUAUCCCGGAUCUCGUCCAUGCUGGAAACAGCACGAGAACUCACCCUCGAAGCAGCGCAGUCAGCUACGAGUAACCGGACAUCGAAUUUGAAUCCCUCCUCUCGCAAUAGUAACGUGCCUCAUAUCAAGAAGCUUCUCGACAGUCGUCAUGAAAAAGAGGUCUUGGACGGCCUGCGGAAGGUCAUUUCGUCGAUGUACGAAGAUCCCGAACUAUCCCUCGAAUUCUUCUCCGCGGUGGUGAAAAAUGCAGCGAGCACGAGUUUCGAGGUCAAGAAACUGGUCUACGUCUACUUGGUUCACCAUGCGGAGGCAGAGCCCGACCUGGCGCUCUUGUCCAUCAAUGCGAUCCAGAAGUCGCUCACAGACACAAACCCCCAAGUACGAGCCAUGGCGCUACGAACAAUGUCCGGAAUCAGCGUGCCGGUUAUCAACCAGAUUGUAUGCCUUGCGAUCAAACGAGGAGUCGGUGAUAUGAGUCCCCAUGUGCGGAAGGCGGCUGCGUUGGCUAUCCCGAAGUGCUAUCGCCUGGAACCAAAUACUCUGUCGCAGUUGAUUGGAUACAUAUCUACGUUGCUUGGGGAUAGCCAGUAUUUUGUUGCUGGUCCUGCUGUGGCUGCGUUUUUGGAAGUCUGCCCGGAUAGGAUUGACCUGGUUCAUAAGCACUAUCGAAGCCUGGUGAAGAAGUUGGUUGAUAUGGAUGAAUGGAGCCAACUUGCGACCCUGCGUCUUUUGACUUCCUAUGCGCGCAAGUGCUUCCCUCCCAAGACUCAGAAGGUCAAGAGAGCAGUCACUAAAGGGGUGUCCAAGGGGUUCUACGAUGACGAAGAAGUUGCUGAGGGUCAAGAUGACGGCGAAGAAUAUGAAGUUCCCGUGUUGGAUCCCGAUCUGGAAGUCUUCCUUCGAACCUCCAAGAGCCUUCUACAAAACCGCAACUCGGCCGUCGUUCUCAGCGUCGUACGUUCUUUCGCCUACCUGGCCCCACCGGAAUACCUUGAUUCGGCAGUUGGUCCACUGGUUGCGCUUCUUAGAAGCCCCCAGGAUAUACAACAUAUUGCGCUCUAUAACAUCGUUUCAGUUGCCCUACGUCACCCGAAGCCGUUCGCCAAGUACGUCUCGCAUUACUUAGUGCAUUCUACGGAUCCGCCCCAUAUUUGGCGUCUCAAGCUGGAGAUCUUAACCAUAAUAUUUCCCCACUGUGGAUUGCAUCUGAAGAGUGUGAUCGUAAGUGAGCUAGAGCAUUUCUCGCGAAGUACAGACCGUGAACUUGUUCGAGAAAGCGUUCGAGCAAUUGGGCGCUGUGCGCAGAGCGACACCAGGACUGCGAACCACUGUCUACGCGUUCUGCUCAAUCAGGUCACGAGUUUCGAUGACACUCUGGUUUCCGAGUCCCUGACCGUUAUCAGACACUUGAUCCAGCAUGACCCUGCCUCGCACGAGCGAACUGUGAUCCAACUGGUCAAGUAUCUUGGCUCGACGACCUGCCCGGACGCAAGAGCGACGAUAGUUUGGCUCGUCGGAGAAUUCGCAGGCGUAGAGCCGGAGCGCAAUGUUGCGCCUGAUGUGCUGAGAUUGCUGGUGAAAGGUUUCUCUGAUGAACCAGAGCUGGUAAAGCAACAAAUCGUUCUACUGGGUGCCAAGGUGUAUCUCCAUCAUCUCCUACGCAACCCUCCGAAAGAGCAACCUCCGUCUGUGCAAGAGGUCGAACAGUAUAGUAACGAAUGGACCGACGACCAAGAAAAGCAGCAGGAACAGGGUGAAGGCGAAGAGCAGCCGCAAGAAGAACAAGAAGACAAUAUCACAAUACUCUGGCGGUACAUUCUUCUUCUAGCCAGAUACGACACAUCUUACGACCUCCGUGACCGCGCACGUCUGUAUAAGGCCCUUCUCGCCUCUCCUACUACACUCCCACUGGCAAAUUUGCUCCUCCUCGCACCGAAACCGGUACCACAUGCCCCCAGCCCAUCCGAAACACGCAAAGAGCUCCUCAUCGGCUCUGCUACACUGGUCCUCGGACCGGACGCCGGCUUGCACGGUCUGAAGGGCUACGAAAAACUUCCCGACUGGGUUGCGCCAGGCGAUGAACCAGAUCACGUUCUCCGUGACCAAGGCGUCGUUAAGCCGGAAGUCAGUGAAGGAGCUGCCCUGACAGCUGGUGAACGGCUCGACCGGGCGCUUAAGGAACAUGAAAGUGUUGCAGCUGCGAAGAGGCAAAAUGGCCGUAUGCAGGGUCCUAUGCCAGCGAAGCAGAAGAGUCUGAACGAGUGGCUGGAAGAUGAGGAAGAGGAAAGCGAAACGGAAACCGAGGAAACAGAGUCGGAAGAGGAAACUGGCUCGGAGGAAGAGGAAGAGGAAGACGAUGAUGAAGAAGAGGAAACGGAUUCAGAGGAAGAAGACGAAGAGGAAGAGGAAGAGGAAGAGGAGACCGACUCCGAGGACGAUAGGGAGGGUCAGCAGCUAUUAACACAGCGAGGUACUUAG